AGUUCGUCGAUAACUUUGUACCUGACAGUUAGUUCACUCUACUUUCUUUUUUGACUCCAUCAUGAAGUUCUCUGCCGCCACUUUUGCUGCCCUUGUAGGAUCUGCCGCUGCCUACUCCAGUUCUUCCUUUACCGGAUCGGCCCUCAAGAGCUCGGCGUCCAACGAUGCCUCCAUGUCGAUGGCUACCGGUAUGGGAGUCAACGGAUUCGGACGUAUCGGACGUCUCGUCACCCGCAUCAUGAUGGAAGACGACGAAUGCGAUUUGGUCGGAAUCAACGCCGGUUCCGCCACUCCGGACUACAUGGCCUACCAGUACAAGUACGAUACCAUCCACGGCAAGGCCAAGCAGACGGUCGAAAUCGAUGGCGACUUCCUCGUCUUGGACGGCAAGAAGAUCAUCACUUCGCGCUGCCGUGACCCCAAGGAAGUGGGCUGGGGCGCACUCGGAGCCGACUACGUCUGCGAAUCCACCGGAGUCUUCCUCACCAAGGAAUCCGCACAGUCCAUCAUUGACGGAGGCGCCAAGAAGGUCAUCUACUCGGCACCCGCCAAAGACGACUCACUCACCAUUGUCAUGGGAGUCAACCAGGAAGCCUACGAUGGUUCGGAAGAUUUCAUCUCCUGCGCUUCUUGCACCACCAACGGACUUGCCCCUAUGGUUAAGGCCAUUCACGACGAAUUCGUCAUUGAGGAAGCCCUCAUGACCACCGUCCACGCCAUGACCGCCACCCAGGCCGUUGUCGACUCCUCAUCCCGCAAGGACUGGCGCGGAGGACGUGCGGCCUCGGGAAAUAUCAUCCCAUCCUCCACCGGAGCCGCCAAAGCCGUCACCAAGGUCAUUCCUUCCCUCGUUGGAAAGAUCACCGGCAUGGCCUUCCGUGUCCCCACCAUUGACGUCUCCGUCGUCGACUUGACCGCAAAACUCGAAAAGUCCACCACUUACGAAGAAAUCUGUGCCGUCAUCAAGGCCAAGUCCGAGGGUGAAAUGAAGGGAUUCCUCGGAUACUCCGACGAACCGUUGGUCUCCACCGACUUUGAAGGUGACUUGCGCUCCUCCAUCUUUGAUGCCGAUGCCGGUAUCAUGCUCAACCCCAACUUUGUCAAGCUCAUCGCCUGGUACGACAACGAAUACGGUUACUCCGGCCGUGUCGUCGACCUCAUGAAGCACGUCGCGGCCGUCGACGCCAAGAUCAAGGCCUAAACGCACAGCCGACUUGGGAAUAAACACUUACUAGCGAACAAAUUGUUGCGAAACA